AUGACUCAAGCCCUCAUCCAAAAAGCUUCGUCAGUUGACUGCACUCUCGUAGCCAAAGAAUGGCUUGAUCGUUUGCAUAAGGCAUCUGUGGCAAGAAAUCCUGCCGCGUUCGCAGAGCUUUUCAUAUCAGCUGGAUGGCUACGCGAUCUCCUUUGCUUUGGCUGGGAUUUCCGCACCAUCCAGGGCCGCGAUAACAUCGCCUUGUAUCUGUCCGAGACUGUUCCCAACGGCAACACGAAGGCAAAUCGCUUUGCCAAGAGCUCAAUUAGCAAGCUCACUGUCGAGAUCUCUUCGUCUUUGGGCCCUCCCUCGCUAUUCCCACUCCCUGGAGCGCCUGAUUCUAUGUCUGGAGUGCAGGCAGUAUUCACAUUCGAGCUUGACAACCCAGCGCGUACCGGUCGGGGGUUUGUGCGCCUCGUCCAAGCGCCUGGUGACAGCGAUAACUCGGGCGGUGCUCUGCACUGGAAAGCACUUACCGCAUUCUUCAAUAUCGAGGAUCUGAAAGACCACCCGGAGCCGAAGGAGCGCUCUAACGGCGUCUUUGAUGGUCACAUGGUUGCAUGGCCUGAUGUGAGGGCACAGAUGGCGAAAAGCGUAGAAGAGGACCCGACAGUAUUGAUAAUUGGUGCCGGACAAGGUGGUCUCAUGUGCGCAGCACGCAUGGGACGCAUGGGCAUCCGUGCACUUCUUGUUGAGAAAUUGCCAAGGGUUGGCGAUGUCUGGCGGAAUCGCUACCCUAACCUUUCGCUUCACACGCCCGCACAUUUUUGCACGAUUCUCUAUCAUCCAUGGCCGAAAACAUACCCUAAGUAUAUGGCUAAGGACAUGGUCGCAAACUUUCUAGAGUCCUAUGCUUAUGAGAACAAUCUCGUCAUCUGGCUUUCGUCGACUGUCUUGAACGACCCUCAGCCUGUAUAUAACGAAGAGACCGGACGGUGGAGUGUACACGUCGAGAGAACAAUCAAGACGGAAUCAUUCGAAGUCAAGUCGAUCGUGACUCUUCAUCCCAAGCAUGUUGUUCUAGCCACUGGCAGUGGACGCGCUCACAUUCCCAAGUGGCCCGGCAUGGCGAGCUUCAAGGGCACCAUCUAUCACAGCGAUAACCACAAAUCCCCAGAGAAAUGGGCAGGCAAGAAGGCGGUCAUUGUCGGAGCAUGCAAUGCCGCAGGCGACGUAGCCCAGUCUUUCGUCGCGCCUGCCCAUCUGGCCGCCUCGGUGACUGUGGUCCAGCGCUCCGCUACUUGCGUCGUCGCCGCGUCCAGUCUAGAUGCCGUCUUUUACAGCGAAUUCUAUCCAGAAUCGCGUCCCAUCGAGGAUGCCGACUUGCUCGACGGCAGUAUGCCUCUCAGGUUCCUGCUCAACAUGUUCAGAGACGGUCUGACCGCAAGGCUGAAGGAGAUGGACAAGGCACUCCUCACUGGCCUGCAGGAGCAUGGGUUCAGACUCAAUUACGAGCUCGAACCUGGGGCUGGAGAGGUGGGACUGCCUGGAUUCCUUCAUGAGCGCAGGGGCAGUGGAUCCAUGCUCGACGUCGGCUUUGGACAAUCUGUUAUUGAAGGCAAAGUCAACAUCAAGAGCGGUAUAGAGGUCGACCACUUCGAGAGUGACGCGAUCGUCUUCCAGGAUGGAACACGCCUUGAAGCUGAUGUGGUGGUCCUUGCCACCGGCAACAAACCCAUUAUCGACAAUGCGACAGAUUUGUUCGGGAAGGAUAUCACGAAAAAGAUCGGCGACCAAAUCUGGGGCCUCGACAAGGAGGGCGAGUUCAUGAACACCUACAGACCGACUGGUCAGCGUGGCCUUUGGUUCGUCGCGGGUCCAUUCGCUCAGGGAAGGUUCUUCAGUAAGCAUCUGGCAAUCCAGAUCCUCGCUGAAGAACAUGGCCUCAAGAAUUAA